CGCGCGCUUCUCCCCUCAGCGAACGGCGGCCCGCGGAGCCCGCCGGAAACAGCUCGGCGUCACUUCCGGCCAUGACCUUGGUUCCGCCGCGGCCAUUGUUGCCCUCCUGCCUGUCACCGCGAUGGGGAAGAAGCACAAGAAGCACAAGGCGGAGAAGGCCGAGUGGAGGUCCGCGCCCGCGCCCGCCCUCACCGCCGCCGGCCCCGGCGCCGCCGCCUACGACGAUUAUGUGGAUAAACCCUUGGAAAAGCCAUUGAAGCUGGUACUGAAAGUCGGAGGCAGCGAAGUGACUGAACUUUCAGGAUCGGGACACGAUUCCAGUUAUUACGAUGACCGAUCGGACCACGAGAGAGAGCGACACAAGGAAAAGAAGAAGAAAAAGAAAAAGAAGUCAGAUAAAGAGAAAGAAAAGCAUCCUGACGAUGAGGAGAGACGGAAAAGAAAGGAAGAGAAGAAAAGAAAAAGAGAGAAGGAGCUGUGUGACACAGAGGGUGAGACCGAUGAUUUUGAUCCUGGGAAAAAAGUAGAGGUUGAUCCACCUCCUGAUCGGCCAGUCCGGGCCUGCAGAACUCAGCCUGCAGAAAACGAGAGCACGCCUAUCCAGCAAUUAUUGGAACAUUUUCUUCGCCAGUUACAAAGGAAAGAUCCCCAUGGGUUUUUUGCUUUCCCCGUCACGGAUGCCAUUGCUCCUGGCUAUUCCAUGAUAAUAAAGCAUCCCAUGGAUUUUGGCACGAUGAAAGACAAAAUAGCAAACAAUGAAUACAAAUCAGUCACAGAAUUCAAGGCAGACUUUAAACUGAUGUGCGACAACGCCAUGACGUACAACAGACCGGACACCGUGUACUACAAACUGGCCAAGAAGAUCCUCCACACGGGCUUCAAGAUGAUGAGCAAAGAACGGCUGUUAGCUUUGAAGCGCAGCAUGUCGUUUAUGCAGGACAUGGAUUUUUCUCAGCAGGCAGCUCUCCUGGGCGACGAAGACACGGCUGUCGAGGAGCCCGUGCCCGAAGUGGUUCCCGUGAAUGUGGAGACCACCAAGAAAUCCAAAAAGCCAAGUAAAGAAGUAAUUAGCUGUAUAUUUGAACCGGAGGGAAACGCCUGCAGCUUGACGGACAGCACAGCGGAAGAGCACGUCCUGGCUUUGGUGGAACACGCCGCGGAUGAAGCUCGGGACAGGAUCAGCCGAUGUCUUCCCAACAGCAAGAUUGGCUACUUGAAAAAGAAUGGGGAUGGUUCUUUGGUCUUCAGCGUAGUCAAUCCAUCAGACCCAGAAGUGGAAGAGGAGGAAACCCAUCCAGUGGACCUGAGCUCUCUCUCAAGUAAAUUGUUGCCUGGUUUCACAGCACUCGGGUUUAAAGAUGAAAGAAGGCACAAAGUUACCUUUCUUUCAAGCAACAAUGCGGGUCUUUCAGUGCAAAACCACUCUAUAUUUCAUGACCUGAAAGCGGAUGAAAUGGAACUGCUGUAUUCAGCAUAUGGCGAUGAAACCGGAAUCCAGUGCGCCUUAAGCUUGCAAGAAUUUGUGAAAGAUUCCGGAAGCUACAGCAAAAAACUAGUGGACGACUUGCUGGAUCAGAUUACUGGAGGUGAUCACUCAAAAACCAUCUAUCAACUCAAGCAGAGGAGGAACAUUCCAGUGAAGCCACCAGAUGAAGUCAAAGUGCCAGCAGUGCUCAUAAAAGAAGAGCACAAGUUGCGCAAUACCUGCCCAGAUGCGCCCAAGCAAAGCGCGAUCGGAGAAUCCAUUGGAGACAGUACCAGUUCUGUUUUGGAUUUUCUAUCCAUGAAGCCGUACGAUGUAUCGCUUGAUAUAUCCAUGUUGAGCUCGUUGGGUAAAGUGAAGAAGGAACUCGAUCAUGACGACAAUCACUUGCACUUGGACGAAACAACAAAGCUCCUACAGGAUCUUCACGAGGCUCAGACCGAGCGGGUGGGAUCCAGGCCUUCCUCCAAUCUCAGUUCCCUCUCCAACGCUUCAGAACGAGAUCAGCAUCAUCUAGGGAGUCCCUCUCACCUAAGCGUAGGAGAACAACAGGACAUGGUCCACGACCCCUACGAAUUUCUUCAGUCUCCAGAACCUACAAAUGCCAACAACUGAAGUCUCAGACAUGCGGUUUAUGUCUUUAAACUAACAUGUUCUAUAGUGUUCCAUCCAAUAGUAUGCAUUUCAGUGUGUCCUCUAUGUGGGCGAGGAUUGCAAAGGAAUAAUGCAUGUGCACAUUUGUAAAUUGUAAACUCCCGUAGCGACUAGUAUCAUGGAAUUUGCACCGUACCUCAUGCAAGACGUUCUGGCAACAGUUGCAUAUCUGAGCUCUGAAGGCCCAGGUGCAGAUUACGUAUUUAAGGAUCCGUAUCAGAAACAGUAUCCAGCUGUCUUAUCAUGCUGUCAGUCAUUGAAAGUUUUAUAAUAUGGCCAUACGGAAGCUCCUCUGAGGGACUCUUUUUCAGUGGCAAGAUGAGUUCUGGCGUGACACUGUCUUCCUGUUCUCCCGGCUCUUUAGAGUUGUUGACUGAGUAGUGAAGAAGCCCUCGAUUUCAUCUGUUUUUUUAUUGCAUGCAAAAUUAAGACGUUCCGAAGUGUUCAUGACUUAAUUGGCUACAAUUAAGUCACGAACACUUUGGAACGUCUUAAUUCUGCAUGCAAUAAAAAAAUAGAUGAAAUCGAGGGCUUCUUCACUAUCCAGAAAUUCAGACUCUGCCAAAUUCUCCGUGUUCUAAGUGUUGUAUAUAUGAGCAAAACCGUACCUGUACAAAAGGGGCAAACGUUUGUGUCGUUUUUAAAUGAAGUAUUGGAGAUUUGAUAUUGAAUGGCCUUUUUUUUACAAUUGAUAUUAUGUGUAAACUAGAAUUAGUUGUUCGUGAAGAGUAUUGUAAAUAAAGAUUAAUAAAAUUCAAAAUGUA